CAAUGAAGCGCUUGAAAAUUUCCUCACGUUUCUUCUUUUGACUUGUUCAGUUGUUGACAAAUUUCCUAAAUUGGCAUUGAAUUAAUGAGAGGAAAUGAGAACGGUUGCAGUGCUUGGAGGCGGCAUUGCCGGAUUGUCAUCAGCCUUCUUUCUUUCACGAAUGUCACUGCCGAAUGUGUCAAAGAUAGUUGUGAUAGAGGGCAGCAAUAGACUAGGAGGAUGGAUUCAGACACAGCGCCUACAGGACGGUACAGUACUGGAAGGGGGACCAAGAAGCUUCCGUGGAGGGGGAAGAGCAGAGGCAACCACGUUAGAACUAGUGGAUAUGCUUGGUAUGAAAGAUGAAAUUAUAACUGUGUCAAAGGAGAAAAUGAGGAGAAGGCUUUUUAUCAACGGAAAACUAAAGGAAUUUCCACAAGAGUUUGAUAAAUGGAAUCUGACUAAGGCCGUCCUUAAGGGAAUUUUUAAAGACAGAUGGAUUUUAUCUCCAGUGGAGGAUGAGUCUGUUCACUCUUUUCUUUCCAAGAGAUUUGGAACUAACCCAGAGAUAAUGGCAUUUGCUGAUUCAAUGUUUAGAGGAAUAUUUGCAAGCAGUAUUGCUGAUAUAAGCUAUAAGUUCUCACUUUUUGGAAAAUCAGGAUGCAGUUCCUUGAUACAACUUCAACAUCAAAUGAAGCAGACCAGGGAAGAGCUGAAGAAACAUGACUGUGAGUUAGUACGCCGCGCUGCUGAGGAGGCGUGGCAGAUCUGGAAUCUCCGUCGGGGGACGGGACAGCUAGUGGAGGGCCUGACUGAUGCGUUACUGAAGGACCCCAGGGUGGAGAUCAAGAUGGACACACCUUGUCAAGCCAUGGAACUGGACUCCACUUCAGCCACUUUACGGAGUAAGGAUAAUGAUAUACUGAAGGCAGAUCAUGUGGUCAGUACAGUGCUUUCCAAAAACCUGGCCUCCAUGCUCCCCGCUAAACAUGAGGAACUGAGUGAUUUUCUCAGCAGGAUUCCUACAGUAUCUGUGGUGGUGGUUAACAUGGUGUAUGACCAGGACUUAGAGGAAGUUCCACAGGGAUUUGGACACCUCCUUCCCACAUCAGAAGACCCCCCGAUACUGGGGGUAGUGUAUGACUCCAGGGUCUUCCCAGAGCUAGGUCCCAUAAACACAACCAGACUGACGGUGAUGAUGGGGGGUGCCUGGAUGAAGGAGCUGGAAGACAGAGUGGGGAGAUUAAAUGACCAGUCAGUGAUAAAGUUAACCAAGGAGGUGUUACACCAACAAUUAAACAUAGAUGCAUCUCCGGUUCACACCAAAGUUUACUAUCAAAUGGACUGCAUACCGCAGCAUAGAGUAGGACAUAACAAGAUACUACAGUGUAUUUACUCCUAUAUUGGUGAGCAUCAGCUCCCACUCACUCUGGCUGGCUGCUCCUACAGAGAAGUUGGAGUUACAGGCAUUAUACAUGACAGUUUCCACCAGGCACUCUCUCUACAGCAGACUUUGGAAAGGAAUAACUUAUGAUUUCUGUAGACCAAUCAAUUAAUUAGGUGCCAUUGUAAAAUUGUGGGAAAGUUUCAGUUCUUAGGUUUGGUUUAUUGUGUUCUUGACAUUAUCAUUAUUUUAGUUUUAAAAAUAUUUAUAGGAUAUUCAGUGUCUUGAAGUUGAAGAUGGAAUUUAUUUCAGAAGUGAUUUUUUUUUGUUUUGUGAUAGCAAAGAGAUAAGAAGUUCUAUAACUUGGUGAAAUAAUUCCAUAUCUAACUACAUAACAUUCAAUAUUAUCUGUUAUUACGUUUACGUUGUCUUUGACUUUCCAUUUGCUAAUUUCUUUGUACUGCUGUGUUUUAGGCUGAUAACAUAGACAUAAUUGAUUGUAAAAAUUGAAAAAGAUGAAUUUUAACAACAAUUUGAAGAAACUUUGGUAGUACAUAUGUAAGUCUCAGUCAGGAUGGUUUAUUAACUUCUGUUGUUUUAGACGAGGAUAGGUAGUACAUGUAUUCUUUUUAUUAGCUCAGUGAGCUUUUCUGAUCAAAAUUUGUCCAUUGAUGUAGUUGUCUUCUUUCAUCUUCUUCCGAAGAACCACUGGGCUAAUAUCA